AUGAGCACAGAGGGCCCCAGCCCCCUUGCUUUCCUCACAGCUCCAGCGAGUCCAGGGAGCCCCUCCGAGAUGACGGGCCACCUGCCCAUGCUCGUCGCCCUGGCCUGCAUCUUCCUACUGCUGGCCACCUGCCUGCUGUUCAUGACGCUCUGCAAGCCGGCAGCACUGGACCCGAGCCGCCAGCAGGCUCGUGAGUGCAUGCCCCACCACCCCGGGAGCCCCAGCGAGCCCCAGCUCCGGCUCUGGAAGCGUCUGGGCUCCCUGCGCCGCUCCCUGCACAGCUUCCGCAGGGGCUGGUCAGCCCCUCGACGCCCCCUGCCAAGCCGCAAAGACAGCCAGGACUGUGAGUGCACAGAAUCCACCAAAAUGUGA